CUUACUGGAGCCAAAAGUUCUCACAUAAACCUUUCCUCCCUUCUCUCUCCCCUCUCCGCCCUAUUUCUUCUUAUCUUUCUGUCAUACUGCAGCCUCCCCUCGAGUCGCCUCCGCUCUUCCUCCGCCCCGCCCCGCCCCGCCCUGCCGUCCGAGGAGAGGAGAGGAGACCAAGGGGGAACAGAUUAGAACGCGCUCGCGAGGGGCUCCUAAUCUGCCUAGGUCCUCGGAUGCCCUCAACGGCCUCUCCGAUCGUCCGUGGUUCCGCGUUUAUUUUUCCCUCACUUUUUUUUGGAGAUUUUUGGGGUCUAAUCUCCGCUCCUUUUUCGAGGAUAAAUCAACCUCUUCUCGUGGUUUUCAACGACUACUCCUCAUGGCCUUUCAUCUUGGUUUUGGCUGAAUUUUUCAGGAGAUUUGCCGGUUUUUUUUUUCUUCACGAGGGAGCCGCUGCCGCUGCGAGGAAACAAAACAAUCUCCUGAGGCAAGGACGGUUGUGAAGCAAAGGAAAUUGCAGUGAUCAAAUGGCAGCCGAGUCCUCUGUUCCACAAACUUCCUCUGAAUCGGCUGCUCACAAGAUGGGCUUCUUCAGAGUCCCUGAUCUUCUCGUCAAACUGAGCACCAAAUGUUUGAUUGAGUUGGAUGCCGUCCGCAGCCCAACAUCCCCCUUAGACCUGAAAUUGUUCACAGGCCUUGCUACCAGAUCACCCAGAUCGUCCUUCCUUGAUGCCGGCGCAGCCAGCCAGAACCAAAAGAUCUUGCUCGGGGACAGGGUUGGCCUUGGACUGGUGGAUUCUCUCAGUGAUGAAAACAACCCCACACCCUUGGGCAGCAGGAAGGUUCUCCUUGGAUCUGAGAUGAGGAUUACUGACAACUUAACUCUCAAGAACAGCUCCACUGCUCCUAAUCAAGCUGGCCUGCUUGAACAGAAAGAUGAGAAUAUGAGUGAUGGACUCAACGGUAGUAUCAUGUCCCUGGAUGACAUUGUCAAUUCAGAGGAUUACACCUGCGUUGUUACCCGUGGUCCAAACCCUAGAACUACCCACAUUUUUGGAGACCGUGUUUUUGAGUUUCAAGCUGAGCAACUGAUGCCUGAUGAGGGUGGGUGUGAGGAGAGUUUGGCCCCUCAUCUGAAUGGGGAUACCAUGAGCUUCUGUUGUUUUUGCGGUGACAAGCUCAAAGAAGGGAAAGACAUCUAUAUCUACCAGGGUGACAAAGCCUUCUGCAGCAUGGAAUGCCGGGAGAACUUCAUGGAAGAUGAGAUGGAAGGUGAACCUUCGAUAGGUCACUCUGAUCCCAGCGGCCCUUCCUUUGACAAUCGUUGCAUUUUCCAACUGAUCCAGUGAGCGAGCAUCAGUAAACACUUGAUGUGGUCGUAUCUGAAGCGCUGUCUGAGGUUAAUAAGCUGCAGCCAUGGAUGUGAUCAUGCUGAUCAAGUUUUUGCGUGAAGAUUUUGUCUGCUGCGGCACUGAUGAAUUUACCCCCCUUAAUGAUUUCUUUAUUUUCGUUAUCUGGAUCCUCAAAUUUUUGGAGGAGCCUGAACGAUGACUGUGCUUCCGGUCAUAUUAUUAUUUUGAUCGGAAAAGGGUGUGUGCGUGUGUUUGCCUGAACCUCAAUUUCAAUUGGGCGUCAUUUUGUCAACGCCUAUUGAGUGUUGUGUCAUGUAUCUGAACCUAAGCUUCUACAUGUAUUUGCAUGUGGUACACAAUAAUAUUUGAGUAUACUAUCUUGUUCACCUUUCA